CAACUAGGUAGUGUAGGAGCUCCGAGCCAAGAGAGAAAUCGUGUGACUACGGAAAAGCAAAGUGUCUGAGUCGAAUUGGAAAAGUACACUAUUGCAGAAUUGUGACCAAUUCAACAUAGCAAAGACCCUGGAUAUGGCUACGUCUAUACUUGGGGAAGAACCACGAUUUGGAACUACACCUCUAGCUAUGCUGGCUGCUACUUGUAACAAAAUUGGCAAUACCAGUCCCCUUACCACUCUACCUGAUUCCAGUGCUUUUUCAAAAGGCGGAUUUCAUCCUUGGAAAAGAUCCUCCUCUAGUUGCAACUUGGGAUCCAGUCUCCCUGGAUUCACUGUAGCAACAAGCCGCGGAUCGACCGGACUAACAUCAACUACUGGCACAGGCAACAGCGCGUUCUGCUUAGCCUCGACCUCCCCGACCACAUCUGCGUUUUCCACAGAGUACAGCAGUCUGUUUUCCAACUCAGCAAGCAUUUCGUCUCAAGAGUCUGGGCAAUCAGCCUUCAUUUCCAAAGUCCACACAUCAGCAGAAACCUUGUACCCGAGGGUAGGGAUGGCACAUCCGUAUGAGUCGUGGUACAAGUCUGGUUUCCAUUCAACCAUCUCGGGCGAUGUUACUAAUGGGGCGUCCGCGUGGUGGGACGUUCAUACCAACCCUGGCUCAUGGCUCGAGGUCCAAAACCCUGCAAGCUCGCUGCAGACCUCCCUGCAUUCCGGGACCCCCCAAGCCAUACACUCUCAGCUCAGUGGCUAUAACCCUGACUUCUCCACUUUGACACACUCGGCAUUCAGCUCAACCGGUAUAAGUCCCACGGCAUCGCAUCUUCUAUCAACCAGCCAACACCUGUUAACACAAGAGGGAUUCAAAACAGUCAUUCCAACAUACACGGACGCCUCUGCCGCCAACGCUAUGAUUUCAGGUUCCAGUUCUGGUUCCUCAAGGUCAUCCAGGAGGUACUCUGGCAGAGCCACGUGCGACUGUCCGAACUGUCAGGAGGCUGAGCGGCUGGGGCCUGCAGGGGCCAGCCUCCGGAGGAAAGGACUUCACAGCUGUCACAUUCCAGGCUGCGGUAAGGUGUAUGGCAAAACCUCUCACCUUAAAGCCCAUUUGAGAUGGCAUACUGGCGAGCGGCCAUUUGUCUGCAAUUGGCUUUUUUGUGGCAAAAGAUUUACAAGAUCAGAUGAACUUCAGAGACACCUCCGUACCCACACCGGCGAGAAAAGGUUUGCUUGCCCAGUAUGCAACAAGCGCUUUAUGAGGAGCGACCAUUUGAGCAAGCACAUUAAAACCCACACUGCCGGUGGUGGUGAAGGCAAAAAGGGAAGCGACAGUGACACCGACACCAGUAACCUGGAGACCCCCAGGUCCGAGUCCCCAGAACUAAUUUUAGACGGGGUAAACCCCAGAAUCAAGGAUCCAUCUCCUCAUGACGAGCACUGAAUGGCUGUUAUUUGAAUGACCUUGAAACUAACUUUAUAAAGCAAAUGACCAGUAGGUUAUCAAAACUGGUACAUGUAUUAAAACGGGUCUGGGUUUGAGAGAUAGUAUUGGAGGAAAAUACGAUUUUACGCAAAGCAUUUGAAAACAAAAAAAUAAUUCAAACUUAACACCAUAUUGAUUAUGUUCAACUCGUUAUUCACCAUCAAACGAAAAGCAGAAUUAUUCUAUUAUUAUGUGAAAAUGACAUAACUAGCUGUCAACUUAAAAAUGAACCGCGGGGUACUUUUUACGAUCAGUGCUUAAAAGGGGCGAGCUAACCCAAAUGAACUUGGUUGGCCCAUGUGAGUCGCCAUCAUAUUGUACAUAUUGACAACAAACAAUGUGUUAUUUUCAUGUAAAUGUAAAUUAUGAUUGUUUUAUUCGUGUUUGGGAUCCUGAAAUUCAGGGAGUUUACUUUCAACGCACUUUGUGGAUAUGUAUGUACACAGCUUUUUAAAUUCAGUUAACCAUUUCAUUUCUUUGCUAAAAAAAUAUAUAAAUGUUUACUUGUAUAAAGUCACACGUAUAAGACUUUCAUUUUGUCAUAAUUAAAACGAUCUAAAAUCUGAGGCAGCAUUCGUGUGAUGGGAAUGUUUCACUGUAUUGGGUCCCAUACUUGUUUUCAUUAUGCGGAAUGAAAAUAAAUUAUGAACCAAGGUAUUUUAUGUGAUGGUAUAAAUGGUAAAAAUGAACGAUUGCCAAACGUAAAAUGUAGAUAGGCAAGAGUGUUCCUUUACAUAAAAUCAAUCAUACAUUGCUGAUAUAGGCAAUCGCACAUUGACGUGCAUUCUCUCUGAGGAAUAAAUCAAUAGUUAAUGCCCCGGAAAAGACAUUUCAUGCCCAAAUGAAAAUCUUGUUAAAUGGUAUUAAUUAUGACUUGGAGCACAUCGCAACCCCAUGUGUCUUGUAUUUGCGAUUAGGGAUUCGUGUCUUAUCAAAUAUCUAAUUAAUCUCCGAGACAUCAUUUGUUCAGCUUUACUUUAUCUGGGGGCUUCCAGGGGGUUUUGAUGACAAAGGCCCCCUGAAUAUUUAUUUUAAUUGUCCAAAUUAACUGCUUUAAUUUGCAUGUCAAACGGAAAGAUGGCAGUCCAAGAAUAAGGAUAAAGCAUCUCUAAGCUUUCCUUGAAACUCUACACUUGAUUUGAUGUUAUGGGAACUGUUUCUAAACUUUUGAAAAGGAAAAGGGGUAAAAAGCCAUAUGCAAAUGAUGAAAUUGAAAUGCUCUUGUCGCGGCGCAGUCAAAUGGUUCCUGCAUGUUAUUUGAAUAUCAGUGGCCCCGUAUUGAAAGGGUUCAAGGAUGCUCUCUGACUUCUUUGUGCUUACCCAGUGCAGCGUCCGAUCUCAAAGAAAAACCCGGGGAAUAAUUACAGCGUGAGCCCAGGCCUGGGAAUAUGUUAGGGACAGGCAUCUCAUCUAGAUAACCUCUUUCUGAAGAGGAAGUUCAAUUGACCAAUAGAGAAAUUAUUUUCAUUUCCUUUUGUGUGGCUGGCUUUGAGAUCACGAAAAUAACGAUAAAAAAAUAAAAUGUAAAUUUUUCUAUUAACCACGAAUUCGAGUUUAAAAAUAAACAGCUUAGAAAAGACAACGUAUUAUAGCCUAUAUUUGGCAUUUAAUAUAAAUGUGAACUUUUAAAUGAAGUCUACAGGCAAAAUAAAACAGGCCUAUUCAAUAGGCUAUUAUUAUAUAACUGAACAUUCAUGAUAAAUUAAUACAACCUUCA